AUGUGGGGCGCUUUCACGCGCCUGAUGAUCAUCAGGUACGCAGAUGUGAACUACCAACUGCGGCGUCCCGACGUGUUGGCCAACAAGGUGGUGGCCUUGCGAUUUUUAGCGCUGCCUUUGCUCUUUGUGCCGGGCGUUGCCAUUGGAAUUGGCGGGCUGGCCAUUCUGCUGGGCGGCGAGAACGCAGAG